CAAUAUCACGACAUUAUCCAUACACAAGAACCGAAAAUUUGUAGGGCUUUCGUCCCCAAAAACAAAACUUUCUUUCUUCAAUCUCUGUCUCUCUUGUAGACAGGAGAGGAAGAAGCAAUGGAGAACCAACAACCGCUACCGCCACUGCUGCAGAGCCAAUCACAAGCGAAGAAUGAGGAUGCCGCCGAGAAGAAGAAGAACAGGAGGAAACUACCAACCCCCAGUGAGCUUGUGGCGCAUUACGAGAAGCAGGGCAUGGACACUCAAGAAGCCUCUUUCAAAGUCAUUCAAGAUUUGCAGAAUGCCGUUUUCAGAAUGAUCACCACCACCCAAAGCAAGAAAAAGGGUGACUCUGCUUCAGAUAUUACCUCCAAAAAGCUCGACGUCAUCCACUCCCGGCUGCUUCAACUGGAAUCGAAACUGGACUCCAAACCGGGGUAUCCACAGGCCGUAGGCAUUGGCGUGGCGUCCGCCGGAAUUUGGCAUGCUGCCGUCCAAAUUUGGAAUUCUGUUUCCCAGGCUACUUCGUCUUCUUCCAAUGCCUGAUUAACUAACAUCUGCAUUUAUCGAUUGGCCUUUACUUUUUUGUCUAGUCUCCUUAGAAUAUCUGCAUACUCCUUAGUUCCUUGAUGUUCCUUUGUUGUUUCUUUCGGUUGAGUUUCAAUCACCCAAUUUUUGUACUUCGAAUUGCUAGUAUCAUAACUCAUCAAUUGAAAUACGAGUAAAACUUGUGUCAUUGGCUUUUUUGCCCAUCA